GAUUGUGGGUCACAUUGGAUUUUGACUGUCUAGGGAAAGGAUCCGGUGGAUUCUCUGGACUCAUUUGGAUCAACGUAUUCAGGUUGUCUCCUACAUCUGGUGUCUAACGGGAGCAGAGUUGGAGCAGUGAGGACAGGAGGAACAGGAUGGAUGACAUUUUUACCCAGUGCCGGGAAGGCAACGCAGUUGCAGUUCGGCUCUGGCUGGACAACACUGAAAAUGACUUGAAUCAGGGAGAUGACCAUGGUUUCAGUCCCCUCCACUGGGCCUGCCGUGAGGGGCGAUCCAAUGUUGUCGACAUGCUGAUAAUGCGUGGAGCUCGGAUCAAUGUGAUGAACCGGGGUGAUGACACGCCGCUACACCUUGCUGCCAGCCAUGGGCACCGCGAUAUUGUACAGAAGCUUAUCCAGUGCAAAGCAGAUGUCAGUGCAGUGAAUGAACAUGGGAACACACCACUGCAUUACGCUUGUUUCUGGGGUCAUGACGAGGUGGCCGAGGAUCUAGUGCUGAAUGGAGCCCUCGUUAGUAUCUGCAGUAAGUAUGGAGAGACCCCACUGGACAAAGGAAAGGCACACUUACGGGAGCUACUGAAGGAACGUGCAGAGAAGCUGGGCCAGAGUCUGACAAAAGUACCCUACAAGGACACCUUCUGGAAAGGGACAACUCGCACUCGCCCCCGAAAUGGAACAUUGAAUAAACACGCUGGCAUUGACUUCAAGCAGCUGACCCUGAAUCAUAAAAUCAAUGAGAACCACUCUGGAGAGCUGUGGAAAGGCAGGUGGCAGGGGAAUGACAUUGUCAUCAAAGUCCUGAAGGUGCGUGAUUGGACCACACGCAAAAGCCGUGACUUCAAUGAGGAGUAUCCAAAGCUCAGGAUAUUCUCCCACCCCAAUGUGCUGCCUGUUCUUGGAGCUUGUCAGUCACCGCCGGCCCCACAUCCCAUCAUCAUCACACACUGGAUGCCUUAUGGGUCUCUGUACAAUGUCUUGCACGAGGGAACAAAUUUUGUGGUGGACCAGACCCAGGCAGUGAAGUUUGCACUGGACAUUGCCCGGGGGUUGGCUUUUCUGCAUACUCUCGAGCCUCUCAUCCCCAGGCAUUAUGUCAACAGCAAGAGCAUCAUGAUUGACGAGGAUAUGACGGCUCGAAUCAGCAUGGCUGACGUCAAGUUCUCCUUCCAGUGUCCUGGGAGAAUGUACGCUCCUGCCUGGGUCGCUCCAGAAGCUCUUCAGAAAAAGCCAGAAGAGAUUAACCGGCGGUCUGCAGACAUGUGGAGCUUUGCGAUUCUCCUGUGGGAGCUGGUGACUCGGGAAGUGCCCUUCGCAGACCUCUCCAAUAUGGAGAUCGGUAUGAAGGUUUCUCUGGAAGGUCUGCGACCCACCAUCCCCCCAGGAAUCUCCCCUCACAUCUGCAAGCUGAUGAAAAUCUGCAUGAAUGAGGAUCCAGCAAAAAGACCAAAGUUUGACAUGAUUGUUCCAAUAAUGGAGAAGAUGCAGGACAAGUAGACAGGGAUUUGGAAAACUUUUCCUCUGUUAAUCCCUUCCUGUCAGCCUUACAGCUUCCUGUAACCACACAUAGCCUUCACAGGACUAUCCUGCCACAAGGACUCCCAUUGUUCCAGGAUCUGAUUCGAGACUUGGGAGUUUCAGAAACCUGUUCCUGUCUCCCUUUGUUUACAGUGUGUGUCUAUUGCGGCAUUUUCUCUACCUAUUUUAUAUUGUUGAGAAUUCUGUUCACCCCUGGAGAUACAAGGCCUUCACUCUCAUCCCAUCUGCCAAAGAGGAGAGGACCAAUUAGCCAGGAUUCCUGCUUAUCACUAACCAGUGAUCCCGAAGUUAGAGAGAGAUGGGAAAUCAGUCCGGAUCCCUGCUAGUGAUCCUAAUUGAGAGAGGGUGGGUCCUGUUGCUGAUCCCUGUCCAGUACUUGGCCCUGUUAGGUAGCAGUAUCUGCAGAACUGGUCCAGGACACUUCUCUGUCUGUCUGUGGUCAUCCAGGGUGUUGUGGAGCAUGACCCUGGUUCCUGUUUUCAUCAGUGCUAAACAACAAUAUUCUAAAAAGUCAGGUACGGUUGUUUGUUUUAUAAUUCAUUGCCGUUUCCUAACCUGGCUGUGCUCACAACUGUACCUGUUUACAGUGAUUGUGUGUCUCGCAGCCUUGUCUUCCUGUUUUCUCACCUAUCUACAUUAUGAAUCUCCUGGCUCCUAGUCAGCCUUGGUUGCAACCUGUCCCCCUUCUGAGGCCGAAUGUGACCCAUGUUCCAGAUGGUGGAGGGAUAGCCAUAGCGCUGUCUGUGUGACUCCUGUUCCAUGGCCCUUGCAGUUUAUGUGCCAUUCUUGCUGUAGAAAAUGUGAAGACCUUGUGCCCCAUGCUGUCACCUGUGUAAUUGUCAAUCUUCACUAACCUGUCUCCUUGCUGUUGCUACCUUCUGGCUCCUGAACACAUUAACUCUGAAUUCCUGGCCGGGCAGCAUUACUCAAAUGGAACUUGCUAAUCAUUUAUGUAAUUUAUAUAACACUUGUAUUUCUGGUUUCUUUCAACAAGUCACUGCUGUUUUAUUGAAAAUAUAACUUUAUGGACUUUACAUUAAAGAGAGACAGAUUUCCAAUUUA